AUCCAUUUAUAAUUUCUACAUGUUCAUCUUCAAUAAACCCCCUCAAACGAACAUAUCCAUCUUCUUGGCGACCGGAGUAUCUCUCCGGCAUCGUCUGAUAUGGCGAGCGUAGGAAGCUCCAAACGGCGAAAGAACUAAGGAGGAGAAGGCGAGGUUAAGAGCUUUCAGGCGACGUCGGGUUGGGUCAGGUCGGCGAGAGAGAAGGCGCGUGUAGGCAAGGGUUUCACGUGUGUGCGAAGGGGGUGGGUUUCAAAAAACCCAGAUCUGGAAAGUUUGAGGGUUUGGCACAGAUCUGUGUGAGAGUUUGAGGGUUUGGUACAGAUGGGGCGUGUGCAGGGUCGGUGUAUAAGUGAGCGACUGAGAAGGGGGUGGGUUUCAGAAAACCCAGAUCUGGAAAGUUUGAGGGUUUGGCACAAAUCUGUGUGUGAGAGUUUGAGGGUUUGGUACAGAUGGGGCGUGUGCAGGGUUGGUGUAUAAGUGAGCGACUGAGAAGGGGGUGGGUUUCAGAAAACCCAGAUCUGGAAAGGAAGAAGAAGGGAGAAGAAGGGGUGGGUUCGAAGGAUUGAGAAAGAGGAAAGGGAGAAGACGGCAGCUGUUUCCGGUGUGGCGGAGCUUCCAAUACCCUACACUAGCCUCCGCCUCAUCAAUCGCCCAGACUGUAGAGGUGUUCCAUGCCUUGUCUUGAUUCUUUGAUUUCUUUUGUUUUUGAUACUUCUGUAACUAUGGAGGAUUGAGAUUGGGAUUUUUUGUACAGGAAUACUAUUACUUUAUCUUGUGCUUCAUUUCUUCAUUCCUUCCCUGGUUGGCCUUUUUAUUAUUAUUAUUAAUUUUGCUCUGUUAAUCCAUGAUGAGAUUAGUAAAUAAUUGCUAUCUUA